AUGAUCAUGCCUAAAAAAUUAGCGCUUAGUUCUUAGAAUAAUUUAGCAUAUAAAAUAUUUAGUUAAGAGUUAAAAAAUGACUUUAAAAAUUUCAUCCAAAAUUUGUUUUAGCUUUUAAAAUAAAAUUCAUUUAUCAUAAAUAAUAUUAGUAUAUUUGUAGAUUAGUGA